AUGCCUCCCUCACCGAUCACGAUAUCCGAUGAUGAGAGCACAGGCGACAAGUUUUCGGAGGACAACAAAGUGGAACGUUACAUCUGCGAGGCCCGUUUUACAGACCUUCUUGCCACCAUAGGGCCGCAGUUUUGCCAGUCAGACCGUUCUCAGCAACUGAAUCUAGCAAAUGGCAUGCGUUUCGAGGCCGUGAGUUCGUUCGCUGCUGCUUUAAGCGGCUCUCUUGCGAUUCGAGGGCUCAAGAUCAUGCGCAUACCACCACAAGGGCCUCUUCAGGAGUCGGUACAAGCGCUCAUUCAACGCUUCGGCUUUGUCUCGCCCGACAGCGGGCGGCAUCUCAUGGCGGCAGCCCACCUUUUCGAUCAGUUUGUCGAGGAGCACCUUGAUCACUACUACACCGGUCCCCGUCGUGUCUGGACACGGCAAUCGGAAGCCCUCCUCAGCUGCACUUUCGGACGAGAGUUCAAACAAGAAGAUACGUACUGGUGGCGCUCACAAUCCAGCAACAUCAUAACUGGAAGCAAUAUCGCGAGGGCCGGUCUGGCUGCGCAUCUGUACAUGACUUACGAACCCUUCAAAAGCCAAUCUUCUGCACCAGCUACCACACAGGCGUCGCUUGAUGUCAUAUUCGCGGUUGAAACCCUCUUGGGUGAAAUCAAACGACUCCGCGUCCAACUCCUAGAGCACCAGCGACAGCUCAUCAUGAUGUCAGUAGAUCGCGAGAUUCAGCUGGCGGCAGUGUACAGCGCAGCCUACGACGGUGUCGCUGAGAGUGCAUCGGAUGCCGUGCAUGAGAUUAUAGGAGGCUUAGGCGUCGCUGGCGAUCGCGAGCAGGUUCGAGAGCUGAUGAGAAGUGGCGGUGCUGACCAAACAAAGGCGCUUGCAGCAGCAAUCAGCGGCACCAGAGCGAUCCGGAACGAACCUCUCGCAGGACGCUGGCAAGAUCUGUGCCAGGCGGGUGCUCUGAAGAACCCAUCGGAAAGUUAUCGCCGCGUGGUCUGCUCGGAGGACAUACCCUAUUGGCGUAUCGACCUUGACACCGUCAAUAGCACCGUAACCUCCAUCAUGGCCGGCACAAUGCUGGAAGCUGGUGUUACUCACGACGAUCGAACCAUAUCUGGGCCGCUCGUAUUCUGGUGGGAGGACCCCGAUGACAGGGAUUUUAUCAGCUCUAGACGGCCGGGUGUGGCUCGCGCCGCUCUUGCUGCCGCGCUGUACCAUGCCUCCGAGGUGUUCCAGCCCCCAGUUACAGUUCCGCCCGGCGUCGUAGACACGCUCGAAGAUCUUCUAGGACACACUGCAUCCUUGCGCGCCGGGCUGGAAGAAAAUGCGACUUUAUUAGCAGGUGCAGCCGAGCGAUGCAAGCAGUUCCUGCUGGCGGGACAACAGGACGUGGAAGCAAUCAUGCAUCAUGUACACUUGCCUGCUGUACCGGAUCCCAGUAACCACGAAUGA